AUGAAAGAUUUGAUAAACUUAACCGAUGACUUAAAUCAAGUCAAACAGAGCAUAAGCCAGUUACAAGCAUCUAUAUCGAAAAUUCUUCAGACUACACCCAAUGAAGAAGAUAUCGAAACGUUGAUGACCGCCAUCAGCAAUUCUAACGAACCAUUGAUUGAUAAGUUAAAAUUUUUAAUAUCUUCACCUCAUAUCAAAUUAGCUGUCAAGUUCAAACAGCUAAUGGAGAAAGAACAACUCCCGUUCUUGAAAAUGUUCACAGCAGUGAAUUUGAAACUAUUGAAACCUGAUGAGUCAAUUGAUUAUCUUUUGAAUUUUGAACCGAAGAAUGAAACCAUUGAUCAAAUCAUUGAUGAUGAAAAUACCGGUUUACCUCAGUUAUUAAAGAUCAAAGAUGACGUGUUGAUACAGAAGAUUUUCAUUGAUAAGUCAUUCAUCGACCCAGUAAUUUAUAUGGAAAAUGUCGAAGGUGUGAAUGAAAUCAAUAAUUCUAAGUUAAUUCUUAAAGGAAAAUACCUUUUGAAUGUUAUCCUUGUUGAUAUCAUUAAUGAAGUAUAUCCUAACCUUUAUUAUCAAGAUGUUGAAGUGUUGAUACAGAAAAUGGUAAACAUUCAAUUACUUUUCAAAUUAUCAUUAAUCUACAAUUUAACCAAUAACUUAAAAUAUAACGUUUCUAAACAAAGUAGUGAUGAAGCUAAGAUAAAAUUGAUAGGAGAUUUGUUUUAUUCAUAUUUAGGAGGAUUAAGUUUGGAAUACAGUUCAGUAACGUUGAAAUUAUGGAUUAAGAAGAUAUACUAUAGAGUUUUCAAAGAUUUUUUCCCUCCAAAUAAUAUAGAGAAUUUGGUUGAUGAUAGUUUGGAUAAUUUGAUAGGAAAAAUAUAUCAGAAUGAGUUCAAUUUCAUUUUUAAGGAUUUGAAAUUUGAAAUUGUUGACACCGAUCCUUAUGUAGUGAAAUUGGGAGAUAUUAUUGGUACCAAUAGUAGCGAAGAAGGAGCUAAAAUUAAUUGCAUAAAAGAGUUUUUGAAUAAUAAGACCUUGAAAUUGGAAUAUUUGAAUUCUUCAAUGACUAAAGCGAUAGAAUUGAAAGACAUUUAUAGGAAAUCUGAAAAAUUCAGAGAAAAAUCCCAAAACAAAGACUACAAUAUCAAUUAUUCGUUAAAUGAGUUUAAUAAUUUAUAUCAAGUUACCAUCAGAGCAGAUCAAUUGAAUUUAGCAGUAUGUAUUGAUAGUGAUAAAGCAUUAGCUACAAGUAGAUGUGAAGCUAUUGCAUAUGAAAACUUAUUAGCUAUUUGGGGACAAGAUGAGUAG